CGUGAUGGAGUUUAUAAGCGAGAUGUUGUUGCAGAACCAGGCGCUGCUGUACGGUGGGGUCGGAACUACAGCGCUUCUCACGGGCGGUGCUCUCAUUUAUAAACUAACUGCUCUCAGAAAGAAACCAUCAUAUGUCAAGGUAAACUGCUGGUUCUGUAAUCAAGACACCGAUGUUCCCUAUGGAAACAGAAACUGCUGGGAUUGUCCGAAUUGCGACCAGUACAAUGGCUUCCAAGAGAAUGGCGACUAUAACAAGCCGAUUCCUGCACAAUACAUGGAACACCUCAACCACGGAGUGUCGGCUGACGUCCCUGUGUCUGAAAAGUCUAAGACUCUGCAGUGGGUGAACUGUCAGAUGCUGCUGUGCAAGAAGUGCAACACCAACCAGACGGUGAAGAUUAAACAGCUGGCUUCGUUCACUCCCAGAGAAGAAGGUAAAUAUGAUGAUGAGAUUGAGGUGUACAAGCAUCACCUUGAGCAAACCUACAAGUUGUGCAGGCCGUGUCAGACUGCAGUAGAGUACUACAUUAAACACCAGAACCGCCAGCUGAGAGCUUUGCUUCUUAAUCAUCAAUUAAGACGCACCCGGGAUGAAGACAAAGCCCUUAUUAAGAGCACCUACUCUUCUUCCACUCCUGUCUGGCUGAUAACACUACGUGCCCUGGCAUUUCUCAUCUGUGCUUUCCUGGUCGCACUGACCAUUUAUGGACCUGGAGACUUCUCUUCUUCCUCCAGUGGCUCCCAGACGCUCAGUGGAGGGGUCACACCACCCAAACGUCCUGUUCAAAAUGACACUGAAGCCAAGUGGAAUGGCACCAAAGCUGGCCAAAUGUGGAGCGAUCUGAUAGACCUUUUUCCCGCGAAGGCUGUGGAGAAUGCCAAGCUGCUUUGGGAGUCUGGAAGUAACCACCAGAUUGCUGUGGCUUCUGUUGGCCUUUUGACCUGCAUUACUGGUGUCUUAAUGGCUGGACCUGUCAGGUUGAGAAGAAUUGAUGCUGUUGCUUCUUGCCUCUGGGUCCUGGUGUUGUGCCUGCAUGUGGUUGAAUUUUACCUUAAGACGGACACCCCUGAUUGGCUAGACACAAUCAAGCUCGCCUCCACCUCCCUGUGUUGCUUGGUUGGAUUUGCUGCAGCAGUGGCAACACACAAGCCUUCAAGUCAGAGAAGAACCAGAGGCCGCAGGUAUCUAUCGGGCAGUUCGUUUGGGAUGUACUGCGGUGAUCAGUCCUUGUUGGUGUCUGGAUCAUCUUCUUUUAUUCCCACUCCCCCACCCAACCUGGCACAGCUCCUUGCCCACCAGCAAAGCCGGAAAUCCCGCAAAGCCUCACCCUCCUCGCUGCCAGGUCGGCUCAACAGAGCUCUUUCGCUGGGCACCAUACCUUCUUUUACCCAAACAGAUUCUGGGUUUCUAUUCAGCGGGAGUCGGCCGUCUUCACAAUGCAAAGACUCGCCACCUUCAGACUAUUUCUCUCUGAAGUCGGGAAGUCGGCCCUCAUCCCCGGCUCCCUCCCCAACACCGUCGGUGGCAGGUUCGGUCACAUCCUCCUCCAGCUCAGCCAGGCAGCGUCGGCCGCUGAUCAGUCCUGCGCGGCUCAACAUUAGUGGCCAGAAGCUGCUUUUCUCCUCUCCUUUAGACACUACAAACUUUUGUCCUCCCUCAUCAUGUUUAUCUGAACCAACUCACUUCCACAGCAGAGCUUUUUCACUUAAUGUGCCUCACUUCUCUUCACACAAUAAUGACUUGGGAUCGCUGUUUGAUAACUGCAGUGUGUUUGAUCAUGUGGAAAGGAAAAUGGACGGCUCUUCAGGGUCCUCAAACUGCAAUGUGGACACGACCACAGGAAAUGAAACUGACAGCAAAUUUAAAUGGAAAGGUUGCAUUGGCCGUUCCGUUUGGCCUGGUCUUCUGGUUGCCAGCUUGACUGCCAACCUAACCUUUAUUUCUUUGUACGUAUAUUACAGUUGGACAUGAGAAUAUAGUAUCCAACGGUCAGUAAGUUAUUUAAUGUUCCCUAAUGGGAUGUACACUGGUAUUACAUACUUUUGACCCUCCUUAGGUUUAAAAGACAUAUGGUGUGCUACUGUCGGCUGUUUUUGUGGUCCAAAAGGUUGUUUUGGGUCACUUUUUGAUGUCCAGUACCACUUUCGGUCUGCUUGCAAACAGGAGAGCAUCCAGUCGAGCUCAACCAAGAUUUUGGAAGUGUUGCUGUUUGUUGAGCUGUCUCUAAAAUAAAGGAGUGUGUUGUGAUUUAUUGAAGAGAAUUAGCCCAUCUAAUUUCUUUCUUCAUGAGGUGCUAGUUUGUAAAUUAGAGUAGUGCUAUAAUGUGAAUGUCAUGGUGCUGUGGCCUGUAAUGUUCUUAAUAGAUUUUCAUCAACAUCCAGUGUAACUGUGCUUUAAGUCUUAUCAUUUAGAUUAUUUCACAUCUUGUUGUACCUGUACAAUUUAUACACUAGAAUAAAUUUACACUAAUGGCCUGGUUUACAGAAGAACUAACUGUAAAAGGCUACAGUAUUCGUCAUUAACCAGACACUGUGUUAGUGGCCUUCUGUAAGUUCAGUCCCUAUUGUUUCUAUGAAACACAUGCUUAAAUGUUUUGGUUUAUAUAAGUAGUGUAUAGAUCAUAAGUGGUUUGAUUUUUGCAUGUAGUUUCUCAGUGCAAGAAUAAUAUUUUGAACAGAAAACUUUGUUAAACAAUUAUGCAACUAAACAUCCAAAUAAAACAUCCCUGAAAAAAUCAGGUUUUAACUUAUCUUUUAAAAACAGAACUUGAACAUUUUAUUUUUGGACACAUUAACAUUUAAGGGUCAAACUCAGAGAAUUCACUGCAGAGACGCUUUCAUAAAAGAAAUGCGUGCUUGUUUAAAUCUAGCAUUUUCUUUCAUGUUCAAUAUGUUCAAUAAAAACUUAUGGCAAGAA